UCACCACCGAGGUCACCAUCAUCAUUUUCAAGUGACCUUCAGGUAAUAAAAGAGCCACAACCCUUCCGCCGACCUUUCUUGUCUCCCUCUCGCCACUCCCUUCCCCUCUGAUAAGGUCGAGGGCGAAGUGAGGGGAAGAUAAGGUCGAAAGUCCAUCCACGUCUCACGCCAUUUAGGAAUAACUGUCCUUUUGGGUAAGAGUCUCGUGAAUAUACAUAAUGACCUCGUAAAUUGACAUAAUAUGAUGAAGCAGUUAUACGCAACAUUGUUACUGAUAUUAAGGAAAUGUUGCAUUUCUCUGUCUCAUUGAAAUACAAUGUUUGUUUUAAUGAGUAAACCAUAUAAUCAGAACACAAAAAGUAAACUUUAACAAAACCAUUUCCGAAAGUUUUUUUUUUCUCAGAAUGAAAAAAAAAAUAAUCAAUUUCUGUGGUCCCCACCGCUUGCGUGGGAAAAUAUAACAGUAAUUUAAAGGAAUCCAGUACCAAGUUUCACGACAAUUGUCAGAGAAGAGCACUUGAACAUCAGGAAUUCUUCGUGUUCUUUGUCGUCGCUGAUUCAACUGAAGCAUGUCUCACAAUGCUUCAAAUUGCCUCAAAUUUUGCAUCGCGGAUUGGCCGCCCUACACCAUCUUCCUCACAUGGAGUCCGCCGUACAAGGUGGCCGGAAGCACAGUGGACGUCGUCAACAUCAUAGCCGAAAAACUGGGAAUUUGCUACAACGUCGUUCGAGCUAGUGACAACGACUGGGGCACCGCCCUCCCCAACGGGUCCUGGAGCGGCACCCUCGGGAUGCUGAACCGUGGGGAAGCGGACAUGUCGGCGGUGGUGUACUCGGUGACAGACAAGAGGAAACAGGCCGUCGACUUCAGCGAGCCUGUGUACGUCGACGAACUGACAAUAAGUUAUCUUCGCCCGGUCUUGGAGUCCGAUAUGGCAGGGUUCGUUAAACCUUAUACGUCUCUGAUCUGGGGUGUUCUGCUAGUUGCAAUCAUAAUCGCAUGCGUUGCACUGUCCUGCCUUCAGAAUGCCCACGACGCCAUCAGGCCCAGUGCUGAUAGAGAGGCUGCUCCAGCGUCUUCCAAUCUGGAGAACCUGAAAUCCUCAACAUUCUGGGUGUUUUCUAUCUUGCUCGCCCAAUGUGAGUACGUUUUUUUUCAUCCUUUUUGUUCUUCAUAUUCCAAAAUGGGGACACAGGCUAUACCACCGACGUUCCUCUCGCCAACAGCCAAUUCCUGGAAGGUGAAAGCGCGCUUCUUGGCCGGAGUUUGGCUGCUCAUGGUGUUCGUCGUGGCCACCGUCUACCGCUCGAACCUCAUGGCGAUGCUCAUCUCGCCCAAGGUGAAGCUGCCCUUCGACAGCCUCGAGGAACUUGGCCACACCGACAUCACCGUCUGGGCGCCCACCGGGAGUCUCUUCCAUGAUGCCGUGAACGAAGCAGCCCCCGACACUCCACUAGCCAGCAUUAGGAAGCAAGUCUACCUCUCUAACUUCAGUCCAAACGUGAUGUUCGAUUACUUCACGGGAAAAUGGGGCAUGACUUCCAUGCGUGGGACGCUGAUCUACUACCUAGAUCUUGGCUUCUCAAAGUACGGAUUUUGCAAGCAUUAUGUGAUAUCAAAGGGAUUCUUCAGGACAACUUCACUAAGCCUUGCAUUCCCAAAAAACUCAACACUUAAACCGAAAGUGGAUGAAAUAAUCCUUCGUCUUCGUGAAUCCGGGAUCAUCGAGCACCUCUUUCGAUCCCGUGUGUCCAAUGCCACUGAGUGCCUGAAGCCGGUCGGUGUGGCGAGCAGCAGUGUAGAGAGGCCCCUAGAACUCGGUGAUUUCUAUGGGGUUUUCAUUGUCUAUGCUGUCGGAAUCGCCUUGGCAAGUCUCUCCUUCAUGCUGGAGUUCGCAAUAGCCUGCGGAAAAACUACCAUGCUGAAUGAAAACUUCCACUGAUGAAAUUUCCGUAGAACAAUGGAACCGGCAAACUUUAUUUGAGGCUUCGAACCUUCAUAAUGUAUUUUACACUUUAUUGUUUGAAUAGUUGUCACAGAUAGGUUCACAAAACUUGUUUCACUAGUAUAUGCAGUUGUUGGUACGUAUUUGCUUAAAUUUUGGAAACACCUCCUCAACCAAUCAGUGUUGACAGUAGUUAAAGACGUUGUUUGAUGCGAGUACUUGAAUCCAACGCUUUUAGUUUUGUUUCUUCAGGCUCAUGAGUUUAGAAUUUGCUUAAAUACUGGUGAUCCCUGACAAAAUAUGUUACUGAUAUUCAUAAUAGAUUUAUGAUACUGCUCUCUUCACUUCUCUUCUCGGUCUAAUUCUCUGUAUACUUUUCCUAUUUCUCCAUGUCAUUAUUUUAUUUCACUUAUUAACUAGUCGUGUUCGCUUGGGGGAUGGUAGAGUUUUAUGUGGAAAACAUUACUGUAAAUUAAAGAUAUGUCCAACUUAUAGUUUUUACUUGCUUAUUUGUUAUUCUCAGAUCACAAUUGUAUCAUGCAAUAAAGGAUAUUUAACGGCACCAUCAUAUUGAAUAUAUUUUUUCAUUCCAAACCUUUCAUUUCCAUGUGCCUUUUUUAUGGAAGAUUCAAGUUCAUUAAAGUCCAAGGUUAAAUUGAUAUUUACAAUAUUCUAUCAACUGUUCUUGAAUUUCAAAAAGAUGACUAGUUUAUUGCCAAGAUUGGGGAAUUCCCUGAAGAGCAUGUAUACACAUAGGUCUUUAUGUUUCGAGCACACUACACGUACUUAUAUUUUUAUUUUUAAAUAUUUUCUCUCGACUUUCAACUAUGUACUUUUGUUUGUUGCAGAAAAAAAUGGUAUCAUAUUUCAGUGUGUGUGUGUGUGUGUGUGUGUGUGUAAUUUAUCUUUUUAAAAUGUGUACAUUUACCUGUUACUUUUCCACAUAUGAAUAAAGGAAACGCCACAUGAAAUCUUUA